AUGUCUCAACCGUUAAGAGUAGAUGACUUUGUAGAUGAACUUAAAAAAUAUGACAGAAAAGAGGAUUUUAUGGCAGUAAUGAAAUAGUAUGAACAAAGGUAUUCAAAAAUAACAAUCUAGAUAUUAUGAUUAAUUUGAAUAAUUUGCGAAUAACAAUUUCCCUCCUGAAUUAUAGAGAUAACAGAUACCUAAACAAGAAUUUUUAUUCAAACAAUAACCAUAGUACUAAAAACCACCUGUUGUUCGUUCAAACUCAGCAAAUAAAUUGGAUUAUUAAGAUCAAUACCAAAUAUUUCCUUAAUAAUCAAUUUAACAUCCACAAAUACCUUAAAUACCUCAAAGACCACCAUCAAGAGGGGAAAUUUAAGAUCCUUUUAAGAGACCGUAAGAUUAAUUUGACUACAGAUUGAGUCCUGUUGCUUAAUAGGAUCCCUUUAGAGGUUUAAAUAAAUAAUAGUAUAAUACUUAACAAAGAAAUCCUGUCUAGAUUCCAACUCAACAAGUUCCAUUUUCUCCUUUUCAAGUUGCUUAAGGAUAACCCUUAGUAAAUAAUGCUUAAUAAAUCGGUUUACCUUUUAGUAACUAGGUUGGAGUUCCUAUUCAUAAUCCACAGUAUCAGAAUUAUGGAGUUUAAUAAUAAUAAUUAUAUGAAUAACAAUAAUACUAAUAACAAACUGUAUCAUAUCCAAAAACAGGUCCAAAUCAAUAGUAGUAAAUGGAUGCCUUUCUUAAUGAGAUAAAAUCUUAAAGGAUCUAGAAGCUAUAAUAAUAUAAAUGA